AUGGUUCGAACACCAUCCAUCUCGCUAUCGUCCGGCGAAAAGGACAAGGACAAGGCUACGCAGACGCUUUCUUCUGCAUUCGCAUCCAUGAUCGCAGUUGGUGCCCCUCAUCACAAUACUCGCAACCCUUUCGCCGUCGGCCAGCUCAAGAUUGACGACAGCUCGGCAAACGGCUCACGCCGUCAUCCUCACGGCGCAUCGGGCUCUUCAUCUAGAGACGAUGAUGAAAGGUCACAAAAGAAGUCGAAGCGACUCAGCGCUUUUGGCAGAUCAGGACGCAGCAUAUCGCCUUUCCGCUUUCGUUCCAGGAAGCGCCCCUCGUCGGCCAACCGCCUCAAGGUCAACCCUGACGAAGACACUGGAUCAGAAAGCGGAACAAGAAGCGAGAGGGACCGAGAUAGCGACAACGAUUCGGUAAUCAGCUCCGCUUCCGGCAUCACACCACGGAACAGCGCAUUCUUCAACCCGUACGACGAAGACGACCUUGAUCCAUCGACACCGCAUUCUCAUCGUCGUCAUCCUGCGUCUCCUCACGCGCCCGCUGCAUCCCUUCCAAAGGUCAGCUCAUCCGCAAGUCUUGCCUCGUCCACAAACGGAAACGAAGAUCCACACGGUGUGGAAGCUGAUGUCGAGUCCGACGACGCCUCCGACACCUCCGACCUAGACGCCAAGCUUCCCACCACAGGCAAUGCAAAGGACGACGACGAAGAAGAUGAAGGCCUGGAUGAUGCCGAUGAGAUGGACUCCAUCGUUCUGGACAACACAAUCUACAAUGCAGAAUGCCUGACAUCCCACGAACAUUGGACCCAAGGCUCGAAGUCCGAAGAUGGUCAUCACCACUUUGAGACCUACGAAGAUGAAGACCUCGAGAGGGAUGACGAGCACAUCAUGGCACCCAACGUCGUCCUUAGCGAAGAUCAAGUCUCGGCCUUCGUUCAACGUCGUGGCUCCAAGAUGCUCUCGCUGGCCACAUCGAGACCUAAGUUCGAGCGCAAUCGAUGCACCAUCACCAUAAGCCACGGUGAAUCCGAUGCCGCUGCCAAGGCCAGCAAGCGUCCCAAACGUUAUGUCGUGGCAAGCGAUGGUUCCGAGGAAUCCUCGUAUGCCGUCGAAUGGACGAUCGGCACUGUACUGAGAGACGGAGACGAAAUGCUGGUAGUGUCGGUAAUGGAGACUGACACUAAGCUCGAUGCCCUCGAUCCCAAGCACGAAGAGGUUUCAGCGCGCAUGGAGCAUCAACGCAUCCGGCAGGCCAUGGCCUCCGUGCUUGCCAAGCAAGCUACUCAUCUGUUGGAACGAACAAGGCUCGAAGUCAAGAUCUCCUGCCAGGCAAUCCACGCCAAGAACGCUCGACACAUGCUCCUAGAUCUCAUCGAUUUUUAUGAGCCAACCAUGGUCGUCGUCGGCUCUCGAGGUCUGGGCUCAUUAAGGGGUAUUCUGCUGGGUUCAACUUCUCACUACCUUGUACAAAAGUCCUCGGCGCCUGUCAUGGUAGCACGUAAGAGAUUGAAGCUUCCAGCACUGCCUCGCGGCAAGGGUGAUGUCGUCGAAUCUGUGCGAGCACGCCAUAUGCGUCUCGAUCAGGCCUCGAUCGAGAAAGUCUCGAAUGCCAAUGAGGAGAACGAUUCUGAAACGAAAGAAAGCAAUGAAGACGACGCAACCGGAGAGGAUACCUCACCAGACAGCGAAACGGGCCUCAAGGAUGGCGCUGAUGGAUCCUCGAAUCAGCCAGAGACGACCGAGGCUGCGACCAGCGCGCCGCCUUCUACGCCUCCCAGAAGGACGAGCUCAGAGGCGAAUCACACCAGUCCAAAAGCGGGUAGCGAAGGCAGUCCGAAACUGCAGCGCAAAGGGUCCAAGGCCGGUCCAACCGCCAUCCCACAGACAUCUCUGGAACGCGAAGCUGAGACACGAAUUCAGAUCCAGCAGCGCAAAGAAGAAUCUGCCAAGUUACACGAGGGCGACAAGAAACGACACCUCUUUGCUCACCAUCCGGAACACCUCAAGACGUCCAAGACAUCUAACGCGCAGCAGAGUGACGACGAUACGGACUCGACUGGCGAGAAGACAGCGUCGAAUGGGUCAACACUGGUCCCAGCCGCUGGGGCCAAGAGCAAGGCGUAA